UAUUAUUAUUUUUUGAAUGACAAAGUUAAAAUCAAUAUUACAAGGCAAAUAUAAUAUGUGACAGUCCUAAUGAAAAUUUGUUUUUAAACAGAAAUAAAUACUUAUUAAUGCAAACUGUGGUUUGUUAACGUUUAUCGUUAUUUAUCAGAUGUUGUUUUGAUUGAUAAGACCUUUCAUUGGGUUAAAUGCAAUAUAGCAAAAAAAAGUUCACAGAAAACAUAAGAGACAAUCCGUUAUGCUUUGCUGAUCCAUCAAAUACUGGUCGUGUUUUCGUAGUCUGAUGGUUUAUCCGAAUAACAGGGAAAUGAGCUGAAAUUUUAUAAUGUUAUUUAACUUUGUCAUUGGUUUUUUGGUUGGCAUACUUGCAUUACUGUCUAUAGUUUUAAAUUUCGUCUGCUUGCUCGUUAUGAACAAUACUACAAGAAUGCUGGAAAGACCAUCCUCGUAUUUUGUUAUUAACUUAUUAGUUGCAGACAUGCUACAAGCCGUUAGCGUUUUGCCUUUAUAUAUAUUAAAAAACUACAAUAUUAGUAAUCAAUUUUGGAAAGGAGUUGUGUGUGAUGGUUUUCGUUUUUCGAAUAUGAUAACAUUUUAUGUUUCAGCACUUGGAGUUCCGCUUAUAGCUCUGGACCGUCUUAUUGGAGCUGCAUGCGUGUUUCAGCAUCGUUUUUUUAUGAAAAAAAGAAUUGUUAUGAUUGCAAUAAUAACAUGUUGGAUAUAUGUUCUUACGCUCUGUAUAAUUCCAUUUUUUUCAUCUGAUCCUCCAAAUAAGUUUACAGAUGAAAUCAACAAUCGCUGCAUUUACAACCCUACGGAUGCGUGGACAUUAUCCAUGCUGAUAAUCAACUGUUUUCUCCCGUACAUCUUAAUAUUAUUGAGUUAUAAGUAUUUUGUAAAAUUUUUAAGGAAAAUGAAAUCUAUAAGAAUUAUAAAAAGUAAUCAAAAAAUCAGAAGUGAUAGAGUAAGAAGAACGAAUAAAAUUGCAAAAAUUUCAAUUUUAAUUUCUAUUUGCUAUGGUGUUUUAAAUGGACCAUCAGUAUUUUAUUACAUAUUAGAUACAAUAUGUCCAGAAACAUGUUUUCCGAGAGACUUUAAAAAUUCUCUUUUUAAAAGAUGUACCGAGUUUAUUAUAAAGUAUUUAGCUUUUUCAAACUCUCUCGCUCCACCGUUAAUUUAUUGUUUUUCUCAUACGGAAUUUCUUUUGCGAUUACAGUCGAUUACUCGUAUACUUAAAAGAAGAAAAGAACCAGCGGUAAACAAUCACAAUGCAGUCGAAACAACAUACAAUUAGUUUUGUAAAAACCUUGUAACAAUUAAUUUUGUAAAAAACUGUUGUGCUUUAAACAAGUUCUUUAGCACUUUCAUCUUUAGCAAUUCCAAUGUACUUUAAACAAGUUCAUGGUACUUUUAACAAAGUUUUUGUAGCUUUCAUGAAGGGAAUUUUUUAAUUCAAAGACGUCUUUUUAACAUAUGAAAAAGUUCAGAUUUUUUUUAACUGAAUGGCCGCCGAAUUAAGCAAAAAAUGUAAUUGGAUAUUCAAAUACUAUUUGAUCAAAGUUUAUUAUACAA